AUGCUCGAAAAGCGCUUCAGUAUCCCGAUGUCCAAACCAAUAUCUCUCCCAAUAUACACAUCCUCGAGCCUCACCAAAGAAAUCGACGAUGCCGUCGCCGAGGGUCCGUUCACCAUGAAGAGAUACUCCAACAACCAAGGCCCAUUACAAGGAAGGAUCCAAGACGGGCAAAUCUACAUCAUCCACGCCCAGCGACGAAAAGAUCUGUCACAAGAAAUUCCCGCACCGCCUCCCUCCACCAACUCAACCGCGCCCUCCUCACCUCCCCCUCCCCCCUCCCAAACACCCUCUUCACCCUCAACUUCCAAGACACCCCCUUCGGCACAGCCUGGUCCUACUCCCGCCCCGCCUCCUCCCCCCAUCUUCCCCCAAACCCCCUCCCCAACCAACACCCAACAACAACGCCUCUUCCUAAUCCCCCACUUCUCCUUCUGGUCCUGGCCCCUCCCCUUCAUCCGCUCCCUCCCCCAUGCCGCCUCCCUCAUCACCUCCCUCGAAUCAACCCUCCCCUUCCCCUCCAAAAUCCCCAAAGCCGUCUGGCGCGGAACAACCUGGUUCAACUCGGUCCUCUCCCCCCACCUCCGCCAAAACCUCCUCCAAACCACCCGCCCCCACCCCGAAAUCUUCGACGUCCAAAAGCUAGAGUGGACAGGCAAAAACCGCAACGCAACCAACGCCUUACCCAUCCAGGACUUUUGCCGCUACAAAUACGUCAUCCACACCGAGGGAAUCGCCUACUCGGGCCGGUUUCAAUUUCUGCAAAUGUGCCAGAGCGUCGUUUUGACGCCCCCCAUUCUCUGGAUGCAGCACACCACCCAUCUUGUGAGACCCGUCUACAGUGGGGAGUUGACCGGCAAGAGGUGGGAGACGACUGAACGAGUCAAGGGCGCUUGGGGGACGGGUGUGGACGCGAGGGAGGCGAAUAUUGUUUUUGUCAAGCCUGACUGGUCCGAUUUGGAGGAGACGGUGAGGUGGUUAGAAGAAAACCCAGAGGUUGCCGAGGGGAUCGCCACCAGGCAGAGGGAGCUGUUUGUCGGAGGGGGGUAUUUCUCCAAAGCGGCCGAGGCGUGUUACUGGAGGGCGUUGGUGACGGGGUGGGCAAAAGUUGUGAGGCCUGAGGGAGGGGAGGAGGCCUGGGAGGAGGGAAUGCCGUUUGAGGAAUUUAGUCUGACGAAUUCGUUCGAGUGACGAGAUUUGCUGGUGAUGAAGUUCCUGUACAUACUAGGGAUGAUGAUUGGCGUUUUGGUUGGCUUCUCCGGAUUGGUUACCUCUCGUACCGAUCCUAACCGUAAAUAUAUACCCUGUUUUCGCUUGCUUGAAAGAAACAAUGUCUCUGUUUCGUUGGAAGAAGAA